ACCAAGAUGUCUUGCUACGACCUGUGCCCACCAAGAACCAGCGUGGCCGUUCCCCAGCCCAUUGCUGAGAGCUGCAACGAGCUGUGCGCCCGCCAGUGUCCCGACUCUUCAGCCUUCAUCCAGCCACCGCCUGUGGUUGUCACCUUCCCCGGCCCCAUCCUCAGCUCCUUCCCCCAGCAAGCCGUGGUGGGCUCCUCCGGAGCACCCGCCUUUGGAGGCAACCUGGGGCUGGGAGGCCUCUACGGUACCGGGGCCACUCAGGCCUCGGGGGGCCUCUGCGCCUUUGGCAGACCCUACGCUCCUGCCGCCUGCAGCCCUCUGGCUCUGCCCCGCUACAGCCAGAGGCUGUGGGACACCCGUGGCUCCUGCUAGAGCAACUGCUACAGCCUUCAUACCUUCCAGUAAUGGAAGUUCUUGGUAGAAGCUAGUCAUGCCCAGUGUUGCAACUAUUAAUCUUUUCUAUUAACACUGAUAUUUAUGGGUUUAAUUUUUUGUUUCACUCAAGUUUCACACAUCUUUUCCCUAAUAUGCUCUUUUGUGUAUUUUCAAUGUGUUAUAUUUUCACGUUUGUUUUGCUUUGUCUUUAUCUUUGUAAGUUGUGGCAAGAACCUGUGUAAAAUAUUGUAUUUUGUUAGCUGUGGUUGAAUUUUUAACUUGACAACUGUAAGAGUAGAAAUGUUCAUCUGCAUUUUUUCAUUUCUUUUUAUUAUUCUUGUCCUAUUUUUUUGUUUUGUGUCAUCAGUCUGAUUUUCCUGCUUUUCUUUUUUCAAUAAAUCCUUUAUGCAUCAGAUUUUCAGUAUGUUUUUUUUAAUCUUUUCUUAUUCUAAAUAUUUUUUGAGGAUUGAGCUAAUUUUAUACCUGGUUAUUGCACAGAAGAUUUUCUGCUUCACUGCUUUAGUCCAUAAUUGUCUGUUUCCUUCCAAUUAUAUUUUACAUUCCCAUUUUUUACAGAUUUUCUAUGAUUUAUAUUUUUGAGCAGUACUAUUCAUUCAUGGCCAUGUUAGUACACAUUUAGGGGAGAGCAACAGAGUUAAGGAUUGAGAAUAGCUGUUUCCUUCUUUUCCAUACUGUAUGUA